AUGAUACAGAUGCUUGUCGACCACGGAGCAGAUCCAACAUGGGUUGACAAUAACGGAAACACCCUGCUCCACGAAGUUGCGACUCGCUUCGAAGGGUUUGCUAAAGACAUCGCUCUUGUCGAGAAAUUGAUAGAGCUGGGUGUCCCUAUACGUGCCUUAAAUUCGCAGAGGCGUACUGCAUGGCAUAUUCUCCGCCGAUUUGAUGCAUUUAAUGACUCCUCGAGAGACAAAGCAUCUCGACAAAGCAUAUUUUCGAUCCUCCUUCGGCACGAUCCUGACAUCGACUUGAAUGCGAAAGACAUCGACGGCUACACCCCUUUGCACCUCGCUGCUGCUUCUUCAGAGGCUCAAACCUUCAAGCUGUUGCAAGCCGGUGCAUGCAUAUCUGCCAAAGCGUUUAAUCUUCGAACACCGCUUCACUGCGCUGCAAGAGCACGCAAGAGCAAUGUUCUUGCAAUGCUUCUUGACCAUGCGAACGAAGCAGCUACAUUGGAUCAAGCACUUGAUGUCGAUGCUAAAGACAAAGGUGACCGGACGCCUCUCCAUGAUGCUUGUUGUUCGGGCCGACCUGAGUCGGUGCGAAUCUUACUUGAUCACGGUGCCUGCGCUUGCCAGCCAUACGACCAUUCUGCUAGUGCUUUUGUAGAUUCAAGAUCCCCUCUGAUGGCUUGUACCGAGUUUGAACAGGAAGAUAAGCUGUGGUCAUGUCUAAGAAGUGGGACUGCACCCUUAGACGAAUUUAGACCUAUUGCGUUCAAGUCAGGAUACUGCCAAAGCUCCAAAGAGGAUAAGGAGCAGCAUGAUACUGUUCGCAUAGGUCCAAUCGCCUCCAUGCUGUUGGAUACUGGGGCCAGCGACGAAUUUGCUUUGCAGGCGGCUGUCAAGGCUAAGAGCACGGCCCUGGUAGCUGCUUUUAGAGGAAGGAUACCUUCGAUAUCACCAAGCUUCGAUGAGGCCCACCUGAUGUUUGCGGUCAACAAUGUGAAGAAGGUGUUCGAUGCGUCCACAUAUAAAGACCUGAUGGAGAGCCCAGCCUUGUACAUUUCAGAGGUUGACGAAGCCACACUGGAUGAGAUGAUUGCCAGAGGUGUCGACUUGGCCAAGGACGAAUUUUCAGGCACUGCUCUUGGUGUACUGGCAGCGAAAGGGAUGACGGAGAAGAUGAUCAAAGUCAUCGACAAAGCGAAGAUAUACGAUGAAUCUCCGUCUUGCAAAGAGAUCGGCGAAUUUCGGCCGCUUCUACACAUUGCUUGCGACCGACCAGUUUUCAACAUGGAAAUGGUUAAACUAUUGGUCAUUAAAGGUCACGCAGAUGUGAAUGCUUGCCAUCAGGUAAAGGAGAAGGAAGACGGCUGGCAAGAGACUGGCAACUACAUCCCAGGACCAACAGCCUUGCAUGUCCUUGCAAAGGGCAACUACUGGUGGCAGGUGGAAGCAAUCAAAUUCCUUGUCCAAAAUGGCGCCGAAGUUGAUUGCGUCGAUGAUAAUGGCCGCACACCCCUUGAAUAUGCGAGCUCCUAUCUUAAAUUCGGCUCUACAAAUCAAGGCUUUUUCAGACCUCAAUGCUGUGAGGUGCUUCUCAAACUCGGAGCCAAUCCCAACAGACUCAACCCUGAAGGCCUCGUGCCCCUCAAUAUGGCUGGACCGGACGCUGAUCUCAUCAGAGUUCUGCUCAGGCACGGCGCAGACAUCAAUGCUGGGACUAAAGGAGUGCUUAUGUCAGCUGUCGAAGCCGGUGAUGUCGAUACUUUGAAGGCUUACUUAGAGCAUGGAGCGGACUGCAAUGUCGCUGAUACUUCAGAGGACUCGAGUUAUGGGAACAGGAAUUGGGAGUCAGGCUCCAUCUCCAAGAGAUACCCAAUUCUAAAGGCAGCUCAACUACCACCAUACUCGGGGUGGGACAGCGCCACCGCAGCGAAGAUGAUUAGCCUGCUGCUCAAGCACGGUGCAAAAGUCGACCUUCCCAUCAGUGAUCACGACACUCUUAUCCACUAUCUCUUCCAAAGAGUACCAACAUCGAUUCUUCGCCCAUUCCUUGAUCGGCCCGGCAUAGAUGUCAAUACCAGAGAUCAAAGGGGCCGAACUGUCUUCAUGGCUGCCUGCAAAUCUCGCGUAGAUCACGAGGAAAGUAGCAGCCCCCGAUUCUUCCCCCCCGAGGAAAAGAAUCGUCUCAGAGCCGAGUACACACCAGCAUACAUGGCCUUGGCAGACUCCGAACUUUACGGCGAUUCGAUCGACUACCUUGCAACCGACAACAAAGGAAAUAACAUGAUUCGAUAUCUGAUGUCCCAAUGGAACGAGAAGGUUGCAGCACGUUUCCUUCCCAUAACUGGGGUACGAGCCUUGAUCCUGCAGAAAGACAGCGCCGGGUUCUCACCUUUGCACUGCGCUCUGAAGUCCCUGAAGAUCAAGACAUGCUUUCAGUUCAUCGACGAGGGUAAUGCAGACUUACUCGAGCCAGAUCCCAAUGGCGACAGCGCUCUUCAUCACUUGUACCGCUGCCGCCACAUUCCAAGCCACCAAAAUAUGUACCCACUCAUGGAACGCUACCUUUCUAACGGCGGAGACAUCAACGCCCGCAAUAAGACCGGAGAAACAGCUCUGCACUGCUUCCUAGCAAACGGUGGCCCGCCUACAAGUCGGUAUGAAAUUAAACUAGACAAAAACUUUGACCCCUUCCAAUUCUCCAUCUCUCACGGCACCAAUUUCCAAGCUACCAAGAAUGACGGUGGGACAGCGCUGCAUGCGGUUGCGCAGAGGAAGUUCAGAACUGACAGGUCGAUUCUCUGCGAUGAUAGUAAGGAAGAUGGCGAUAUCAACGCAAGCUGGUUCCGGAGGUUGGUCGAUCUCGGAUGCGAUCCCUUGCAGGAGGAUAAGAAUGGCCGCACAGCGUUGGACGUUGCUGCUGCGGUGGGCAAUGUGGAGAUCCUGAAGCUGUAUCAGAGGAAGAAGCCGUGA